CGCUGUCUCUCCGAUGGCAGCCACUACUGGGGCCAUGGCCAAGCACGAGCAGAUCCUGGUCCUCGACCCGCCCACAGACCUCAAAUUUAAAUGCCCCUUCACAGAUGUAGUCACUACAAACCUUAAACUUCGAAAUCCAUCAGACAGAAAAGUAUGUUUCAAAGUGAAGACAACAGCACUUUGUCGGUACUGUGUGAGGCCGAACAGUGGAAUUAUUGAACCAGGGUUGACUGUAACUGUUUCAGUAAUGCUACAGCCUUUUGACUACGAUCCAAAUGAGAAGAGUAAACACAAGUUCAUGGUACAGAUAAUGAUUUUUGCUCCAACAAACACUUCAGAUAUGGAUGCUGUGUGGAAAGAAGCAAAACCUGAUGAACUGAUGGAUUCUAAAUUGAGAUGUAUAUUUGAAAUGCCCACUGAAAAUGAUAAAUUGGUUGAUAUGGAGGCUCCUAAACCUCAUCCAAAAACAGAUGGAACCCUGAUAAAGCAGCAUAGUAGUCUUUCACUCAAUGAUACUGAAACAAAAAAACUAAUGGAAGAAUGUAAAAGACUUCAAGGAGAAAUGAUGAAAUUAUCGGAAGAAAAUCGACACCUGAGGGAUGAAGGUUUAAAGCUCAGAAAGGUAUCACAGAUUGAAAAACCAAGCUCAAACGUGAUUCCUUCACUUCUUGUUGUAAUUGCAGCCAUUUUCAUUGGAUUCUUUUUAGGGAAAUUCAUCUUGUAGAGUGAAGCAUGCAGAGUGCUGUUUCCUUUUUUUUCUUGACCAGAAAAAGAUUUGUUUACCUAUCAUUUCAUUGGUAGUAUGGCCCACAGUGACCAUUUUUUUUGUGUACAGCGUCAUAAUAGGCUUUGCCUUUAAUGAUCUCUCACUGUUAGAAAACACAAUAAAAACAAACUGUUCAGCUACUGGACAAAUUGUAUAUUAUCAGAUCAUCAAUAGGAGGUGUCAGUUGCACAUUCAAUCCUUUAUGAAAUUCAUAAAUAAAGAAUUAUUCUUUCUUUGUGGUUUUAAUAAGAGUUCAAGAAUUGUUCAGUCUUGUAAAUGUUAUUUUAAUAAUCCCUUUAAAUUUUAUCUGUUGCUGUUACCUCUUGAAAUAUGAUUUAUUUAGAUUGCUAAUCCCACUCAUUCAGGAAUAUGCCAAGAGGUAUUCUGUGGGGAAAUGGUGCCUCUUACAGUGUAAAUUUUCUCCUUUACCUUUGCUAAUAUCAUGGCAGAAUUUUUCUUAUCCCUUGUGAGGCAGUUGUUGACUGAGUUUUUCAUCCUUACAAUCCUGUCCCAUGGUAUUUAACAUAAAAAAAUAAAACUGUUAACAGAUAAAAAAAAAGA